AUGUCCAUCACUCCCACAGAUUUUAAACUUCAACGAUCACCCAUCCCCACCAAAGACUCUCUUCCUGCCCGUAACGGAACCCAAUUCUGGUCUACUUGUGAUCCUCCACUCCACAUCAACGACGACCACCGUAAAAGGGACGAUAAUCUCGCUAAUAAACAGAAAACUCUACGAGCAUUAUUCUUCAAAAUCAUGAAAAGGUUUAUUAGAAAAGGGUUCAAAAAACACAAUUCAGGCUGGGGCAAAGGAAAAAGUUUGGCCAAAACAACCGACCAUGAAACAAGCGUCGAUAAAAAACACGAAAUUGAACAGACCGUUAAGGAUCAACCCAACAAGAAUAGAGCGAGCGAGCUAGAAUAUUAUGAGAAGCAUUACAAAUAUCAAUACUCUCAUUCCACACCAUUGAAUUACAUGGAAUAUACUAUUUAUGAACCGCAAAAUAUAACCAACAGAGGAUGUAUGACGGCAAACUGUACACCAGAUUGUUCGCUACCAUAUCGUAGAAAGCUCUCUUUAGAACAGAAACGCCUCUUGACUAACGUUAUACUCAGCAACAAACAUUUACUCUUAAAACCGGUGGAAGACACAAAAUCACUAUCCAGACCUCCUUCGUACGAAUUAGGACCACCCAAAUAUGACACUGAUACUAGACCACCGUCUUAUAAUAGUGAAUGGGAAGACGAAGAGUGUGUAAAGGAAAGGGACAAAAAGAGCAUUAUCAUAAAGAUAGGGACAGAGACUGAUGGGUCGAUGAUUAAGGACGACAGCGGAACAGAACGUGAGUUGGACGGACACGAGAGCGAAAUAGUGCACGAUGAAGUUCUUCAGUGUACCAAAGACGACAUAGAAAGUAAACUGUGCAAAGACAUAGACAUUAUGGAUAUAAGGGUUUUAACAGAGGCCGAUAAUCUUUUUCUUGAUUUCUUGCUUUCAGAAACAAAGACUACCCAAGCACACACGGAAAACGUCUGUAUGUGCUGGUGGAGAGGCGAAGUUGACAUUCUCGAAAUUACAAAGCAUGUAGUAGUGUGA